UCUUAAGCUUAAAGCUGUAAAUGGUUCUGCAAGUUCCCUACAUGAACAUGAAGCAUUUUCUCCUACAACUAUACCGCCUCUGUCUAAAAUGGAAGCCAAUGUUGUGGUACUGGGGGCAGACAAUGUUGGAAAAUCUGCUUUAACUGUUCGCUUUUUAACAAGAAGAUUCAUUGGUGAAUAUGGAGAUAUAGAAUCUGUCUACAAUCACAAUGUGACUGUUGCUGGGAGACAGGUUGCUUUCAAUAUUUGGGAUUCCCCUUUUGCUCAGGAUCGACUGAAUAAUAACAGUGGAAAGGAGAAACGGAUCCAGUGGGCAGACGGCUUUGUGCUGGUUUACAGCAUCUGUGACCGAGCCAGUUUCAACAUAGUCCGACAACAGAUCCAAUUUAUCAAGUCAAUGAAAGAUUACCCUGGCACAGACCGAGCUCCCAUCGUCAUUGUGGGAAACAAGAGGGACCUGUGUCACCGCAGAACAGUCUCCAGUGAGGAGGGAAGACUCUUGGCUCUAGCAACCCACUGUGAAUUUUGUGAAAUCUCCGCUGCAGAAACUUACCAUGGCGUGUUGGUGGUUUUCCAUGGACUAGUGGACAGAAUCAAGGAGUCCAAAAUCCUGACUAUCAGAAAACCAGCCGGGAUAAAGAGCAUUGUCCGGAGUAUGUCUGCUGUGUUCACAAGAAGAAGAACAGAUUCCUUGUGAACUUGUCAUUGUAUUCACAGCACAGCGCUGCAUGUUUUAGCGCGGACUCUGCCUCAAGUUGUACUACUUCCUUAAUCAUAAGGUUUACAUCUAUGGCCACAGUUUAUUUUAGCUUUGGGGAUUUUUAGAAAGUAAUUUUCUCCUUUCUCACUGUUUGUGAGGACUGGUGGAGCUAAAUGUCAGACUGAAGCUAAUGUGGGAGCCUAAAUGAUAAAUGUGGCUAGUUUGCAUUUGUAGCCUCUCCUCACCACACAUGCACAUAUUAUACAAUGGAUGGAGACCAAGCACAGGAACCUUUGCUAAUCCCCUCCCCAAUAUCUUUUUCCUGGGACACUGAACUGCCUGUAGCUCCAGCACUGAGUGCAGAUGAGUGAUCAAAUCUGAUACGUGCUCCACUGUAUGGGCCACUUCCCUCUAACCCUUUAGGAUAUUGCCUCAGAUGGUUUGGCAUUGAAAGACUGGCCCAUUUUCCCUUGAUCUUGUUGAACUUUUGGAUACAAAGACCCUUACCUUCCUCAUCAAUUAAGGGUGCUGGUUGCUUGGCGACCAUGAAAUCCAUCUGCUUUAAACCAGAUUCUUAUGCUGACUUGAGAAGGACUGUUG